AAAGAGCAAGUUAAUGUGGGAAUGUGUGUGCGUGUGGUAGAUAGAAACAUUUUGUUUGUGUCAUUUGUUUGAAUAAAAAGAAAAUACAAAUUAAAUUGUUGGACAUGUCCUAUUUGGCCAGUUUUAAUAAUGAGAGCGCCAAGCAAAUACUCAUGGACAUAAUACGCACUGUGAAUCAGCCCGAGAACUCCAAGAAACUGUCGGAGGCAAAAGCGUCUGCGGGAAAGGAAAUGAUUCUAAUGAUGCAGCACGUCUUUCCACUUGUAAUGCAACUGCAGCUGGAGGUAAUCAAACUGCACGGAUUCCCGGGAAAUCGCGAGGGACUCGUUCAGUUCUCCCAGCUAAUACGUGAAAUGGAACGCGAUGAUAUGGAAAUCGCACGCCUGCGCAGCCAAAUCCGUGCCAUCUACUUACCUCCCAUAGCUAUAAACACUACCAACGAUAUACUCAUCUAACUCUCGAGUUAUCAGUUUGCUAGGCAAUAUGAGACUGCAAUAGAAUUAAGAACUCAGUAUUUUAUAAAUGUGUAUGUGUUUUUUCUGUAUUUUCUGGGCUUGAUGCACAAUUAACAAUAAAGCCAAGUUUAUACCCAAACCGGGGGUAUUAAUUGCUUAAGUAACAAUGGCAUAUCUCUUAAGUAAAAAAGAAAAAUAAAGAAACAUGUUGAAUCAAUAAA